AUGGCAGUCCAGACAGGUCUCGACUAUAUGCGUUCGCGCACACUAGUUGACUGUGAUACGAUGGACGAUGAAGUCGCCAAAGCCCUGGGACCAUUCCAGGACUGCACUUCCAACCAAGCUAUUGCACUCGGUGAACUUUCUAAGCCAGCACGAGCUGAAGUCAUUGCUGCGUCGUGGAUAGAUGCGAAGACAUUGCAUCCGAAGCACCCUUCCAUCAGCGUCGAAGAAUUAGCUGUCGACAUUGCGAUGGUUAGACUGGCCAUGGGAAUGGCAAAACACAUUCAUGGACGUGUGCAUGUACAGGUUAAUCCCUACUACUCGUACUCGUCGGAGAAGAUUGUCAUCAAUGCACUCCGAAUUGUGCAAUUGUUCCAGCAUGUCCAGCCAGGCUUUGACAACGAUCGCAUUUGUAUCAAGAUUCCGAGUACAUGGGAAGGAAUGAUGGCCUGCCGCACGCUUGAGUUAGCUGGUGUGCGUACUUUAGCGACUACUCUGUUCAGCAUGGCUCAAGCUGUACUCGCAGCCGAAGUUGGUUGCACUUAUAUCGCGCCCUAUGUCAACGAAUUGAAGGUGCAUGUCGAAGCAGGUUACGUGGAUAAUGCAAAAUUGCUCCCGCUUUGCGCUGCCAUCCAGAAAUACUACCAGUCCAUCGAUUCGCCCCCUCUAGUCCUCCCUGCUAGCUUAACUUCGGUCGAGGAGAUCUUCUUGCUUGCUGGGGUGGACCAUCUCACUAUUUCGCCGAGUUUGUUGACACAAUUGACUCAGCCUUUCGCAGGAAAUGUGCAGUCGCUACUUGAUGUUGCACCGACACUCCCAGUCCCGGCACCGGGGAUCUCUUACAUCAAUGAUCCCAGCCUCUACCAGAUCACAUUUGCCCGAGACCUGCACGGUGCUAGUCAGAUCAAGCUAACCGAGUUCGCCUGCAAGAUGUUCCCAUCGCAGGCGGCUAAUUUUAACAUUGAGGCCCUUAGCGGCAUUUGUGGAUCGAUUUCUAUUGCCUGCUGGGUUGUAGUUUUCUCUCCUCAAAUCAUCGAGAACUUCCGACGUGGCUCUGCUGAUGGCCUUUCUCUCAUCUUCCUUAUCAUCUGGUUGGCUGGCGAUGUGUUCAACAUCUUAGGUGCCGUGCUACAGGGCGUGCUCCCUACCAUGAUCAUCCUUGCAGUGUACUACACAUUAGCAGAUAUUGUUCUACUGGGACAGUGCUUUUACUACCGGGGUUUCAACCUCAAGGAAGAGCUAUCGCCCUCGUCCACACCAGACCUUUUCGCAACCAACGGUACUUCCGAUGCGGAGCGCAAUGGUGCAGAACAUCAACCAGAGCCAACGGAGAGAUCAUCCCUCAUCCCGAAGCCCAGCCCCCAAGACACAAAUGUAACCGGACAGUUGCCCCAGGACCGCAAUCGCCCACUUUCCGACGGAAGACGGCAUUCGGCAACCUCUUUCCAUGAUAUCUUCCACCCAUCGGUAGAUGGCACCCACCUAUCACCCGCAACGCCCUUCAUCGAGCCAACGACCGAUUCCGCACGGCGACGUGCUCAACGCGCCCGUCGCCGCCGCAUCUCCGCCCUCCAAUCAAUCCUUUUCAACCUUACCGCCGUCGCUCUAGUCUGUGCUGCAGGUGUACUAGGUUGGUUCGUCAGCCCGGCCGCAAAGUCCUCACCAGACCCGGAACCUCUCGCUAUGGAUGUUCUGGGUCAAGUAUUCGGCUAUUUCUGCGCAGUUUUGUAUCUUGGGUCACGCCUGCCCCAACUGCUCUUGAACUACCGCCGCAAAUCAACGGAUGGUGUUUCACUACUGUUCUUCCUCUUUGCUUGCAUCGGGAACCUGACUUACGUUCUCUCUAUUCUGGCUUACUCGCCUAUUUGCCAUGGUGGGUCUCCUGAAGAGAUCAUGGGCCAUCGUCACCGUGCACAGUGUCGUCCUGGUGAGGCGGCUGCGCUGUAUGGCCGGUAUGUAUUGGUGAACUUGUCGUGGUUGGUCGGCAGUGCUGGCACGCUGCUGUUGGAUAUGGCGAUCUUUACUCAAUUCUUCCUGUACCAUGAUAUCAAGGUUGACGAGGACGAAGAGUAG